AUGGCAAGGCGCCGCGCCAAAAAGCGCACGGCCGAAGAAAGGGCGCUUGACGACCUAGCAGAGCCUCACUCCGCGCUGUGGACCUGCUUGAUUGAGCUCUGGGCCUGGGGCAGCUUGUCCAGUCCGAUUGUUCAGAAGCUAGCGUCGGCGGCCCGUCAAAGCGGGUGCGCGUUUGUGAUAUCUCGACUCUUGCGAACCUCGGCCACGGCGGCGCGCAAGAAGGAAACGUGCACAGGGAUCUCCUGCGCGCGUACGCUGCCCGCUGCGUCACUCCAGAGCUCCGCCGGCGAGCGCACGGAGAGCACGUCGCAGGCUAUACUGCCAGCCUCUGAGUGGAUCCGCAGCCUCUGCGGGCACGGGUUGGACGCAGCCCUUCUGGGCUCCGAGGCAGACCGAGUGCGCUUCUGGGAGCGCCAGCUGAGCUCCCCUCGAGCCGUUGGCGUGGGGUACUACCACGUCCGAAGCUUUUGCCCCGCGCAGACAGUGCCUCUGCUUCUCUUUGCGGACGGGGCUAGCCACGCAGAGCAUGACGGCACUGUGGCCUGCGACAUAGCAGAGAGCAUGUUUCUCUUAGCUGCCCUGCCCAAGUCGGCAGCCGUUAAAAGGGAAUCCUGGCGGCAACUAUGGUCCGCCCUGGUGGCGGACUUCAAUGAUCUGGCUCAUGGCCGCGCAGCCGACGGGUCCGCGUUGCCUCUGAGGGCCGUGGUGUGGGUCGUCUCGGGCGACUAUGAGCACAUGGCAAACGAAUAUGGGCUGCCGCACUGGGCUAGCUUCCGCUGCUUUUGGUGCUGCAAGCAGAAAGCUGACUUCUUCGACUUCGGCGACAUUGCGCGCCAGACCUACGCUGUCGAGGACUUACUCGACCAGGCAGCCCUCGAACACCCACUCACCGCUUUGACAAAUUUUUCUCCUUGUAUGUUUGCCAUCGACACCUUGCACUGCCUGGAUCUGGGCGUUGCCGCGCAUGUGUACGGCAACGUGUUCUAUGAGCUCACGCGGGAUUGGCCGGAAACCAAGAUCGGCAGCAUCCAGCGACUCAAUCGCGAACUGCGGGCGCAUUGCGCAGCUCUCGCGGUGCAGCCGCCGCGCCUGGCGCCUGCAGUCGCGGCCCUGGCAGCCACGUAUGGCUGUGGGUCCACCCACCGCAAGAGGCGCGCGCGCGUGACAUCGCUGCUCGCAAGCCUCUACGAGGCUGCAAGCUGCCGAGAUCUGGUGAUGCCAGCGGACAAGCAUGAAGACUUUGUCAAUGCGCUUUCAGAGUUCCUAGACCAGUACCGAUGUCUGAGAGCUGCGUGUCGUGAUGAUGGCUGGCACAUCGUCUUUAAGUUCCACAUGCUUCGGCACUUGGAUGAGCAGUCCAAACACUUGAGCCCCAGGUAUGUGUGGACGUACCCUGGGGAGACGUUAAUGUCUCUUGUGUGUCAGCUAGCCGGAUCCUGCUCGCGGGGCACCCCUGGCCGACUGCUUGGCGUCAAAGUGCUAGAGAAAUACCGGGUUGCUCAGCACCUCAUGCUCUCAGGUCAGAUACCUGUGCGCUCUCGUAUGGUCAGCGACGAGCUCGGCGAGUAG